AUGUUUCGUCCUCCUCUCUCCCAUCUCUCUCUGUUUGUUGUUGGUUUAAACAACUCUGAAGUGCAGCUAUGGGAUACAACUUCCGAUAAGCAUUUGAGAACACUGAGAGGUGGACAUAGGCAGCGUGUUGGGUCGUUGGCAUGGAACAAUCACAUACUCACAACUGGAGGAAUGGAUGGUAGAAUUCUAAACAAUGAUGUACGAGUUAGAUCACCCAUUGUUGAUACAUACAGGGGGCAUGAACAAGAAGUUUGUGGGUUGAAAUGGUCGACUUACCAUUGCGUCAUAUAUGUUCACAACCUCUAUAAUCCGCUGAUAUAA